AUGAACCCCGAAUACGAUUACCUCUUCAAGCUCCUCCUCAUCGGCGACAGUGGUGUCGGAAAGAGUUGUUUGCUCCUCAGAUUCGCUGACGAUACCUACACUGAGAGCUAUAUCUCCACCAUCGGUGUCGACUUUAAAAUCCGCACCAUUGAGCUCGAGGGCAAGACCGUCAAGCUUCAGAUCUGGGACACUGCUGGACAGGAGCGUUUCCGCACCAUCACCUCAUCCUACUACCGCGGAGCACACGGCAUCAUUGUUGUGUACGAUGUCACAGACCAGGAUACCUUUGCCAACGUCAAGCAGUGGCUUGCUGAGAUUGACCGCUACGCCUCCGAGGGCGUCAACAAGUUGUUGGUCGGAAACAAGAGCGAUUUGACCAAUAAGAAGGUCGUCGAGUACACCGUUGCCAAGGAAUUCGCUGAUCAACUCACCAUUCCCUUCUUGGAGACCUCGGCCAAGAGUGCCACCAACGUCGAGCAGGCUUUCAUGACCAUGGCCAAGCAGAUCAAGGACCGCAUGGGAGCUGCCACCGUCAGCCCUGCUGGCGCCAGCAAGAACAUUAAGGUCGGAUCUGGACAGCAGUUGCCAGCACAGUCUGGCAGUGGCUGCUGCUAA